CGCGGGCGGGACGGGACGGACGGACGGACGGAGGGAGCCAGCGGCGGGGCCGGUGCUGGUGCCGAGGGAGCGGCGGAGCCCUCGAACUCCUCAUUCCCCCCUCGGUGCCCUCCCUGCGCCCCCCGGGCCGGCAGCCGCGAUGCCCAACUUCUCCGGGAACUGGAAGAUGAAAAGCUCGGAGAACUUCGAGGAGCUGCUGAAGGCGCUGGGCGUGAACGUGAUGCUGAGGAAGAUCGCGGUGGCGGCGGCGGCCAAGCCGGCGGUGGAGAUCCGGCAGGACGGGGAGAGCUUCUACAUCCGCACCUCGACCCCCGUGCGCACCACCGAGAUCCGCUUCAGGGUGGGAGAGGAGUUCGAGGAGCAGACGGUGGAUGGGCGGCCCUGCAAGAGCCUGGCCAGGUGGGAGGGCGAGAGCAAGAACAAGAUGGUGUGCGAGCAGCGCCUGCUCAAGGGCGAUGGGCCCAGGACGGGCUGGUCCCGGGAGAUGAGCAACGACGGGGAGCUCAUCCUGACCAUGACAGCCGACGACGUUGUGUGCACCAGGGUCUACAUUCGGGAGUGACCCUCCCCCGUCUCAGCUGACCCCCCCCAUAUCCCCCCUCUCCCACCCCGUGUCCCCUCAGUCCCCUGCACUCCUCUCCCUCUCACAGGGGAGGUGUUGCAUCCCCCCGCGGGGGUACAGCAGCGAACCCCCUUUUUUGGGGACACACACACACACACACACACACACACACGGAUUUCCCUCCCCCUGCAGGGCGGGGCUCUCCGGGGGCAGCAGAAUCUCCCGUCCCGUCCUGCUCUCGCUCGGGGCCUGGCUCGGUGCCGGCUGCGUCGGGGGGUAACGCGGCCCCUCCCUGCCUUUUGGGCUGGUUUGAGCUGCUUUGGGUUCGCGCUGCUGUUGGUUCCCGCAGCCCCCAGCCCUGCCCCGCGACCCCUCCCCAGUAUUUAUUUGUGAAUAUGGUACCAGAUGGGAGCACCAAACCCCCCCAACCAGGGGCAGUGCCAGGUCCCAGCCCCCCCCAGGGUCCAACUUCCCUCUGUUUCCUCCCCCUUUUUCAAUAAAUGUCCUGUGACGCCC